AUGCCGCACUCAACUUGCUCAAAAAGGAGUAGUAACAAUCAUUCGUCGCCGGCCGGCCAUCGUAAAUCUCAUAAGACGGAGUCGUCAAAAAAUAAAGAGAAGGCGCCAGUCGCUGCAAAUCUGGAAACUCGGGCCAAUUCUGGAAAUAGGGCGGUUAAGAGCAAGAUGGAGGAAUACAAGCAAGCGUUCCACUUUUUCGAUGCAAAUAAUGAUGGCCAUAUCACCAUUGAUGAGUUGGAAAAGGCAAUGAGAAAAUGUGGUCAAACUCCAUCGAAAUUAGAGCUCCGUCUUAUUAUGUACCACGGAGACAAUGACCAAAAUGGGGUUAUCACAUUCGACGAAUUUGCCCAUUUAAUGAAUGGCACUUCUUCAAUGUCACAGUACACCUAUUCACAGCUUCGUGAGCAAUUCGAUAUGUUUGAUAAGGACAAGGACGGAUUCAUCGAAAAAAUGGAAAUGAUUUCGAUUGUUCGGGAGCUCUCGCUUCAAGCAUCAUUCCCGAGCAAGGUUAUUGAGCAAUUGUUCAAUGAAGCUGACAUUGAUGGAGACGGAAAGAUCUCGUUCGAAGAGUUCGUAUUGGCAGUCAAUUAA